AUGAAGCGGCCACUGGUUGAAGGGCGCAACCAAGGGCGCCAGGUGCACCGGUGCAGCGCCUGUAAUGGGAGGGGUCACCGAGUGGAAACCUGCAAGAGUGCGGCAGCACAGGUUGUCCGGUCGCUGAAGAAGCAGCUGGCGCAGGCUCGAGGACGUCGAUGCUUCGGUCGACAGCUGCCGAAGAAGAAGCAGCGUGCCAGGGACAGAAAAGACAAGUCCUACAGAGUUGCAGCCCGCGAAGCGUACAGUGGGGCUGACGUCCUGCGUGUGAGACAGGUGGUUGCGGAAGGCGAAGGUGCCUGGCGUGAGCUGCUGCGACUGGGCUGUGCUGACAAGCUUGGCCAGUGCAAGCACUGCAAGAAGGGUGCGCUCGUGCUCAGCAAAGUUCAGUCCAGAGGGCGUGUGGGGCAGGUCUUUGCUUGCUGCAAGAAGUGCGGCCGGUACGAGAAUGCCAUGUGCUCCACCGCAUUUCGUGGAACGAAGCUGAGCCCUGGCGAAGUACUGGAUGUUCUGGAAACGAUGGUGCGGAUGCCACUCACGCAGCGUCCAACGGCGGACGAGGUGGCCAGACAAACCGGGCUAGGAAGACGCAGUGUGCGGAGCAUCGUCGACACUGUCCUCAAGGCAGAAUCCUUGCUUGGAGACGGAACCAGUGGGCUGUUGCCCGACGCGUAUGGCUCAACCUCGCAAGCUAGGGCGAGGGAUACAGCCGAGAGGUAUGCCGAGCGUUUGCUUCGUGAGCAGGAUUUUUCCGUGAAGUCGUGUGCCGCGUUUCUCCACGAGUUGCAGCUUGCGUGGGAGACGGAGCCGCAGUGUGCCAGGCCGGACUAUCGCAAGAAGCGCAACCUUGGCACUGAGCGCCGGCGCAUGAUCUUCGGUGCGUAUCGUUAUGGCGGUAUGGUUGGUGUCACCAAUCUCACGAGGUUGUGGCCGAGUACCGUCAAGUUCCUCAAUGCAUUCCUCAAGAAGCAGAGCGAGGAGUGUCCUUUAGCGCGGGUAUUGCUGUCCAUCGGGGUCGCAGAACGUCACAAGGGCACUCACAACUUCCUGUACUGCAGCGGCAAGUACAAAGGCGGCGAGGUGUGGAUUGAGUCCGCCUCUGCCUUGGCGACGGAUUGCCCGCACAAAGCGGAACCAUCUUUGUGGAAGGACGAGGAGCAUCCCGAGGGUCUUCCGGGCUUCAAGGUGAGCGCGAAGGACACGGUGCUUAAGUUUGAUGGAGCCGCGGCUUGCUGCGUGGAGCGUGUUCAGCCCCUUGUUGGAGCGUUGCUACGUACCCCUCGAGUUCAUGGAGUUAACACCGAGCCGACUGACACGUUGACCGUGUUCUUGCACGUGGACUUGGGGAAGGCGAGUGCAUUGGCGGAGCUCCAGCUGGCAGAGGUGGGGUACGAUUUGCAAGGCCAGAAGAGUGGACCGAAUCGGGUCAUGGAAGGUCACUUGGUGGACCUCACGCGUGGGAGUUCUCCCGGGCAUUGCAACCCCGAGUUCCAUUAUCAUCUCAUUGAGAAUGAGGAGCAGGUUGACAGCAUCUUGAAUGACGAGGUGCCAACGGAGAGCUACUACCAGGCCUAUCGUGGAGGCCAGCUAUCCUGGAGCGUCGAGACCCUUGCACAGUGGGGAGAGCUCAAGAAUCUGAAGCAGCUGCAGGAGUUUUUGGGAACUGCGAUGGCCAGGCUUGGAGGGCGUCGAGCGGCUGAAGAGGCUGAUGAAGAAGGCCACGUCUUUCCGUGCCCGAUGAGCACGCGGCGGAUGCCGUUGGCCUAUCAUGCGGAAAGCUUGACGCCAGCGCAGACCUUGUGGCAUCCGUUCAGGCAAGAGCAGCACGCGCAGCUGCGACGCCGACGGAAAUUCCGCGCGCUGUUUGGGUCUAUCCCCGUGGUGAUGUACACAGACCAUGCGAACAUCGUGCGACUGCAGGAUAAGCCCCUUGACCAGGCUGAUCCUGUCAGUUUCCGGACUUGCUCCGAGCUCACUGCUGACGGGAGUGAGAUUCGGAACCUCUCAGGCCGAAGCAUGCAUUUGGCCGAUGGGCUGAGCAGGUUGUUCGACACGACCUCUGUGCCCAAGGAGCAGGAGAAGAAGAUGUUGGAAAGGCUGGAGGAGCGAACGCGCGAGUUGGCCACCGCCCACGCGCGGCUCGAGGACCCGGAUUGCGAUGAUUUCCUUGAGUUUCCGGAGCCGGACCCUUCUCCCAAAGCGGUGUCCGAGGAGGAAGUUGCUCGGGGCGAGGCAGUUGUUGCUGAUGCAGCACACGCGGAAGCCGAGCCAGAUUUGCAGACGCAGUGUGAUGUGGUUGAGGAGGGUUUGCGCACUGCUGGAGUUGAGUCAACCGUUGUGCCCAGCGCCACGUCGUUUGCAGAUGACGACAAUGUGGGCUAUUGGAUUGAUGCUCGAGCCAGACAGAUGUCCGAGACGGUUAGACGACUCCGAAAGCAAAUCCUCACUGGAGUUAUGACCAUGAUUCGUGAGGUACUGCGCCUGGACACGAACCCUUCUAUCGCGCCCCAGGUGUUGCGAGCUUCAAUCAGCUCGGACUCCGUCGACACCCGUCCCCUCCAUCUCACAUGUGCAAAGAAUGGAGCCGUUGUGAGUGACGACGAGCCUUCUGGUGGAGCGCUUAGGCACGGGCCUUGCGAUGCUCUCGCUGCGGAAACGCUGAAGCCGGAAGAGCCGUCCGUUGCUGAAGCAACGCUUAGCAUGGAGCGUUUGAUCGAUCCUGAAGAAGUGGAAGGUGAUCUUGAUGAAGAGGACACUUGGGGUCAAAGGCUUAAGGGUUCGUCCAAGGAGCUUGAGUUCAGGCGGCUUCUAGAGUACGAACGCCCCUUUCUCCUGCAAGGACUGUUUAGCAGGGCAGGUGAUUGUUCCGAGCGCGCACGAGUGAUCAAGAAGAAUUGGGCCGAAGUUGAAGCCGAUGCUCCAGGAGACAAAAUCGUCCCGCCUCCCUUUGAAGGUGAUCGCAAUGCUCAGAGAUUGCUCCAGGAUCAGGAGAGUGAUGCUGAAACUUGGGAGUUGCUGAACUACUUGAGGUACAAAGCUGGAGAGAAGCGAGCAGAGAAGAUAGGAGCCAAAGAUGAACUCCGGCUGAGAUCGGCCGCGGCGAAACAUUCUCUGAAUGACCAUGGCCUUCUUUGCCGUCGGAUCCAUCUUCCUUUGUCUGUGGCGGAAGUGCCCGUCCUUCCUUCGGUGGGGGGGUGGAGGCAGUGGGCGUUUUCUCGUUUUCAUGAUUCACCAUUGUCCGGGCACCUCAACGCCGCCAAGACUUUUGAUAAGCUUCGCCGGCGCUUUGUCUGGGACCGCAUGCUCCCAGAUUGUGAGUACUGGACCCAGUCUUGUCCCCGAUGCGCCUCGCAUCGUCGUUCUGGCAUGCCUCUCCCUGCUGAUCCCAAGUUGGAACAACACACGCUGGGACCGUGGAUGGAUGUCUACGUGGACUUCGUAGGUCCUUAUGUUGAGAGUGUUGAUGGCUACAAGUACGCGUGUACAUACACCUGCAAGCUGCUUCGAGUCCCAAUCAUCGAGCCUGUUAGGUCGUUGAAGCACGGGGAUGCGAUGCAGGGUGUGCUGACUUGUACGCUGCGCUCCUUGACUGAGAUGUCGGCGCUACUGGGUAUUCAAGAACGCACUCCGCCGGCUCAUAGGCCGAUGUCUGUGGGUAUGGGUGAAACGGUGCAUCGUACUACGAACGUGCUGGUGAGCUUGCUGCUUGACGAUGUUCACAAGACAUGCACCAGGGAGUGGUCUCGGGUCUUACCCCUUGUCCACUAUGUCAUGAUGUGCACUCCAAUCCUUGAGUCGGGCCUCGUCCCCAGGGAUUUGGAGCGCGCUUGGUCGCUGCGUGAUCAUGCAGAGCUCCCCCCCUUUUUCGUGCUCCUUGCCGUCUCCCAGUGGACGAGUGGGCGCAGGAGGUGUUCAAGAGGUGAGACAUCUUUUGCGCGCCACUUGGCUAUGACUGAGGAGAAACGAGCCGAACUAUAUGAUUGGGUGAUUGGAGAAAGGCACCCCACCAUGCGUCUUGGUGGCAAGUUCCAGCCUUGCAGCGUGGGCCCAUAUGAACUCCGUGCAGUUCAAGGGCAGCGCGCCACGCUUCGUGGCGAGGAUGGGACGCUGAUUUCCAACAUCCCCUUGGCAGAGUUGGCGCGAGUUCCAGCUCGUGUUUUCGUCGACGACACCGACCUUGAGCGACGAUCGGUUGGUCAGAUUGUGGGUGGGCAGAGCCCUGUGCAGAUAGGGGCCGACGGUGCCCUGAGGUACUCCGAUCUGCGUGCGGUCGAGGCAGUUGGAGCUCUUGAUGGUGAAGGAGAUGACAUUGCGCCGGUCCUUGACCAGGUGCCUUAUGUCUCGCGGUGGACGUCCACCCACGCGCCAUCUGCAGAGGCCGCUGCCAAGUGGCAGAGCUACGCCCAGCAGGGCAAAUUCUCCGAGGUCCACAUGCCGGAGUCCUGUUUUGUUCCCAUGGAGGGGCGUCCCCCCGGGAAUGUCCGUCGCAAUGACGAGUACGCACGACAGUGUUGUCAUGGGAUGAAUCUCCCAUCUCCGGGCGAGAAGGUUGCCGAAGACCAUCGCACGAACCACCCGGAUUUGCGGGAUGUCGAGAUCCAGGCGAUCAGUCAGGUCAUCUACGACAAGUGCGAGGCGUUGUGGAUCAAGGACACUCCACAAACGAUGGUCCGUGGAUUUCUCCACGAUAUGAUCACCAAGGGUGAGCCCAUUAGUCAGGCCCCCUUGAUCCGAGGAGGCGAGCACGCUGAAUGGCUCGAGAACGAAAUCGCUAAAGCGUAUCGUCGUGGUCAUUACGCAUCGGGAGAAAGCAACUGGGGUAGUCCUGCGUUUCGUGUGUACAGUGGUCAAAACAGGAAGGCUAGAAUGGUCAUUGACUACCGUCGAGUGAACCAGGUCACAGUGAGAGCAACCUUUGUGAUGCCGGACUCAACGUCCGUGAAACGAGCCUCGGCGGGCAAGCGGUGGUAUUCCACUGGUGAUUUGGUUUCAGGGUUUAAUCAAAUUGAGAACUCCCUGCUUGCGCAAAAGGUGUUGGCUGUAGUGAGCUUGAGUGGAAAGCACCUUCCCCGAUCCCUUGGAUUCGGACCCACCAAUGGCCCCGAGGACUUUUCUCGUUUCGGCUUCAGGACAUUUCGUCGCAAGCUGUUUCGCACUUGGUUCCUCUUCAUUGACGAUCUGCUAAUAGCUACUGGAACAGUGGAUUUCCCGAGUGAAGUGUCGGAGGAUGAAUUGAGCCGAGCCUUAAAGGCUGUGAGUGACCGUGGACGUUCCACGGAGCCCGAACAACCUGAAACUGUGCCCGCUGUGCCUGAGGUUGUUUCAAAGAGCAUAACCGGCUCUACGGCCGCGAUGCAGGGCUCCGUUGUCCAGGACAGUGUUUGCACGUAUGUAUAG